CUCAACUUCGACAAAAGAAAAUAGGAUUAUUUCAGACCAUAAGUCAUUGUCUCCGCCUACAAAAUCGGCGAUUAUUAAUCACAUUGUCUUCUUCUAUGUUUGAUCCACUUUAAUCUCUUCAUAAACAUCAUUUUUCCUCUAAAAGCUUUUUCCUUUACUCAUCUUUUCUCUUCUGAUCAAAAUUGUGAAUAAUGGGCACCAAUCAGACUCAGAUCUCCGAUGAAUAUGUUACCGGUAACAGUUCCGGUGUAGGUGGGGGAAUCUCUGAUGUAUACGGUGAAGAUAGUGCCACGUUGGAUCAACUUGUCACUCCUUGGGUUACCUCUGUCGCAAGUGGGUAUACAUUGAUGCGUGAUCCACGUUACAAUAAAGGACUUGCUUUUACUGAUAAAGAGAGAGAUGCUCAUUACAUAACUGGUCUUCUUCCUCCUGUAGUUUUAUCUCAAGAUGUUCAGGAGAGGAAAGUGAUGCAUAAUCUUCGUCAGUAUACGGUUCCUUUGCAACGUUACAUGGCUCUCAUGGAUCUUCAGGAAAGGAAUGAGAGAUUGUUUUAUAAGCUUUUGAUUGAUAAUGUGGAGGAGUUGCUUCCGGUUGUGUAUACACCGACGGUUGGUGAGGCUUGCCAAAAGUAUGGGAGCAUUUAUAGGAGGCCACAAGGUCUUUACAUCAGCUUGAAAGAGAAGGGAAAGAUUCUUGAAGUAUUGAAGAAUUGGCCACAGAGAGGGAUUCAAGUUAUUGUUGUUACCGAUGGUGAGCGGAUUCUCGGUCUUGGAGAUCUUGGUUGCCAGGGAAUGGGAAUCCCUGUUGGGAAGCUUUCUCUUUACACAGCUUUGGGAGGAAUCCGUCCAUCGGCUUGCCUUCCAAUAACCAUUGAUGUGGGUACAAACAAUGAGAAGCUGUUGAAUAAUGAGUUUUACAUUGGCCUUAAACAGAAGAGGGCAAAUGGCGAGGAAUAUGCAGAGUUUUUGCAGGAGUUUAUGUGUGCUGUUAAACAAAACUAUGGAGAGAAAGUGUUGGUGCAGUUUGAAGAUUUUGCAAACCACCAUGCGUUUGAGCUUCUCUCUAAGUACUGCUCAAGUCAUCUCGUUUUCAAUGAUGAUAUCCAAGGAACUGCAUCUGUGGUGCUUGCCGGGCUUAUUGCGGCUCAGAAAGUACUUGGUAAAAGCCUAGCUGACCAUACCUUUUUGUUCUUGGGUGCUGGAGAGGCUGGAACCGGAAUCGCUGAGCUAAUUGCUCUUAAAAUUUCGAAAGAGACUGGAAAACCAAUCGAUGAGACCCGGAAGAAGAUUUGGCUUGUGGACUCCAAGGGACUGAUUGUUAGCGAACGCAAAGAAUCGCUUCAACAUUUCAAGCAGCCAUGGGCGCAUGACCACAAGCCUGUCAAGGAGCUCUUGGCAGCUGUUAAUGCAAUCAAGCCAACUGUUCUUAUUGGAACCUCUGGUGUGGGUAAGACUUUCACAAAGGAAGUAGUGGAGGCCAUGGCUACCUUGAACGAGAAACCAUUGAUUCUUGCACUCUCAAACCCAACUUCUCAAGCCGAGUGCACGGCGGAAGAAGCUUACACAUGGACCAAGGGUCGUGCAAUCUUUGCAAGUGGAAGCCCGUUUGACCCUGUUCAGUAUGAUGGCAAAAAAUUCACGCCUGGCCAGGCAAACAACUGUUACAUUUUCCCUGGUCUCGGUCUUGGUUUGAUCAUGUCCGGUGCCAUUCGUGUCCGUGAUGACAUGCUUCUAGCAGCUUCGGAAGCGCUGGCCUCCCAAGUGACGGAAGAGAAUUUUGCGAACGGACUGAUCUAUCCGCCUUUUGCAAACAUCAGAAAGAUCUCUGCUAACAUUGCAGCCAGUGUGGGAGCCAAAACCUACGAACUCGGUUAGUUUCAUAAUUCUUGUUUUUUGAUCAUAUUAAAAAUAGGAUCAGUCCAAAAAAAAAAAUCUCCAUGGCAAAAAUCUUAUGUCAUGUACAUGUUGUUGUUGUUGUUGUUGUUGUUGUUGUUGUUGUUGGUUUUGCAGGACUGGCAUCGAAUCUGCCUCGUCCUAAGGACCUCGUAAAGAUGGCAGAGAGCUGCAUGUACAGUCCUGUCUACAGAAACUUCCGUUAAAACAUUCUUUUUAACAUUUUUGGCUCAGCUUUUUACUUUUUGCUUUUCAGUUUUGGUGCUUUCUAUAUACGACAACUUCUAAACUAUUUAUACUUUUGCUUUAACUUUAAAUAAUGA